AUGGCUGCUCCCAAGUGGUUAUUGCUCCUUUUCUCAUUGGUCCUGUUGGGCCUGAGCUCUGCUCACUUUUCAGAUGAACAAAAUGAACAAAAUUCAGAAGGUCCAGUAGCUGUACAAGCACCAAACGACUCCAACCAGAAUGAUCAGAACCCUGGCCAGCAACAAGGUGGUAACCAAAAAGGUGGGCCUCCAGGUGGCCAGCAGGGAGGAAGCCCAGGUGGACAGCAAGGCAGUCAACAAGGUGGUCAACAAGGAGGUCAACAAGGUGGCCAGCAGGGAAGCCGUCAAGGUGGACAACAAGGAGGUCAACGAGGUGGUCAGCAAGGAGGUCAACAAGGUGGUCAGCAAGGAGGUCAAGCAGGUGGUCAACAAGGAGGUAGUCCAGGUGGCCAGCAGGGAGGCAGUCAAGGUGGCCAGCAGGGAGGACGCCCAGGUGGACAGCAAGGCGGUCAACAAGGUGGUCAGCAAGGAGGUCAACAAGUUGGCCAGCAGGGUGGUCGUUCCAGGUGGCCAGCAGCGAGUGUGCACAAUAAAGACGUCAUCCACUCUCCCCACCCCAAGCCAGGACAGGGACAACAGGAUGAUUCUGGAGGUGGGGAGAGCACCUGGAAAGCAGAGCUGCACCAGACCACAUCAAAGCUGAAGCAGCUGUGGAACUCAGCCAGAUAUUCAGGCUGGGCCUGUGAAACCGGUGGUGAUCCCCAGGUCUCCCAGCCCAGGACUGGAAUCUGUUGGAGUACAGGAAGCAGCAGUACAGAGCAUGUGGUCACUAGAAUGACUACUCCUGAUACUUGCAGGACACAGUCUAAAGAUUUGACACUCGCCUUCUUGAAAUUCUAG